UCAAACACACUAGGGCAUUUAUGGAGGAAGUGCCAAAACUCUAUAGACGAAACAGCCAAUAACGAGUGAUCUUGUGGACUAGAUUCCGUGUUUACAGGACGAUACAGUUGAUAUAGUGUAUGCAGUAACAUGGACAGUGACAGUAAACCCACGUUUGAUCCUAAAGAGCACCAGCAUUUGAGGUACAAUCCCCUACGGGACUCCUGGGUCCUGGUGUCGGCCCAUCGGAUGAAGCGUCCAUGGAAAGGACAGGUGGAGAAACCGCCAGAGGACAACGUCCCACGAUAUGACCCAAACAAUCCCCUCUGUCCCGGCAGUGUGAGAGCCAAUGGAGAGGUGAAUCCUCAGUAUGACAGCACGUUCAUGUUUGAAAACGAUUUCCCUGCUCUUCAGCCAGAUGCUCCAGACCCUGGUUCAGAUCAUCACCCACUUUUCCAAAGCAAAGCAGCCAGAGGUGUUUGUAAGGUCAUGUGCUUUCACCCCUGGUCUGACAUCACCCUCCCCCUCAUGCAGCCCCCAGAGAUUCGCAAGGUGAUAGACAAGUGGGCAGAGCUGAUUGAAGAGCUGGGUGCUACAUACACAUGGGUGCAGAUCUUUGAGAAUAAAGGAGCCAUGAUGGGCUGCUCAAACCCUCAUCCUCACUGUCAGGUUUGGGCAAGCAAUUUUCUUCCCAAUGAACCGGCGCUGGCAGAGCGCUGUCAGAAAGAAUUCCUGCAGAAACACGGAGAGCCCAUGCUGGUGCAGUAUGCUCGAAUGGAGGCAGCAGCACAGGAGCGUGUUGUAGUGGAAAAUGAACACUGGUUGGUGGUGGUGCCGUAUUGGGCGACUUGGCCCUUUCAGACGCUGUUGUUGCCAAGACGACAUGUCCUGCGUCUUCCUGACCUCAACGCCCAAGAGAGAGACAGUCUUGCAUCCAUAAUGAAAAGGCUCCUGACGAAAUACGACAACCUUUUUGAGGUCUCCUUCCCCUAUUCAAUGGGAUGGCAUGGAGCCCCAACAGGAAGUCAUCUACAGGAAGAUAUGAGCCACUGGCAGCUACAUGCACACUAUUACCCUCCUCUACUGCGAUCCGCCUCCAUCCGCAAGUUUAUGGUUGGCUAUGAGAUGCUCGCUAAUGAACAGAGAGAUCUGACACCUGAACAGGCUGCAGAACAGUUAAGGAAGCUGGGAGAGGAACAUUAUAAGAUGAAAAAGACAGAAGAGGGUGGAGAUAUGGAGAAAUAAAAGAGUGUGACCUGUUGACCACCAUCUAUCCAAUGGUCAAAUAAUAAGAACAUAAAACUGUUUGAAACAGAUGGGACUGUAAGAUGACUCUUACUCCAUUUUAGUUCAGAGUUUAAGUUUAGAACUAUUAACUACUUUUUGAACCACAUUUAUUUUGUUCUCAUUCAAGUUAGAGAUUAAACAUGGCACACAUUUUGCAAGUUGGAAAUGAAAAGAAUCUUUGUUUUUCUUUUUAAUAAUAAAGUCAGCUUUUCCUCUUUGGCGAAAUAAAUUUUGGAAGGUAAUAUACUAACAAACAAAUGUGAUCCUGCCUUUCA